CAACGAUUCGUCGUCGACAGCCUCGACGUCGAGACCGACUAUCCUCUCACUUGCCAUUGCUCCGAGCGUCGCAGAUGCAUUGUUAAAUAGCUCAGCUAAUAUCUGCCCCCAUAAUCUCUGGAUUCCUGUGCGAUGUCGAGCCAGCGAAAUCCGACGUUCUACGAGUCGCUCGUCGCUGGUGGUCUAGCGGGGACCUCGGUUGACCUUCUCUUCUUCCCCAUCGACACGGUCAAGACGCGCCUACAGUCGUCCCAAGGCUUUCUACGAGCGGGAGGGUUCAAGGGCAUUUACAAAGGUGUCGGGAGCGUAGUAGUGGGUAGUGCACCGGGUGCUGCUGUAUUCUUCUGUACGUACGACACACUGAAACAAACACUCCCUCUCCACGGGAACCUCGCACCCGUAAACCACCUCGUCUCCGCCUCCAUAGGGGAAGUGGCCGCUUGCCUGAUUCGCGUUCCAACGGAAGUAAUUAAGACACGGGUUCAGACGUCUACGUAUGGCGCAUUAGCGUCAUCAUCCUUGUCGACAGCCCAAUUGGUCUGGAGGAACGAUGGCCUGAAAGGAUUUUAUCGCGGAUUCGGAUCCACAAUAAUGAGGGAGAUCCCUUUUACAUCGUUGCAAUUCCCGUUGUACGAGCUUCUGAAACUCAAGCUGUCAGACUUCCUAGACAGACGGCCCUUACAUGCACACGAAGCUGCCGUGUGCGGCAGCGUCGCGGGAGGCGUCGCAGCCGCGCUCACUACGCCCCUCGACGUACUGAAAACACGUGUAAUGCUAGACCUCCGGGACCCAUCCAAGCACAGCAUGCCUUCUCUUACGAUGCGACUGAAGCAAAUCUAUACCGCGGAGGGUGUAGGCGCCCUGUUCUCCGGCGUCGUCCCUCGAACGCUGUGGAUAUCGGCUGGGGGAGCAGUGUUCCUUGGUGUAUAUGAAUGGUCGAUACAUACUUUGAUUUCGCUAUGAUGUAUAGAACCAAUCACAAUACAAAAUAUCUGCUUGGCUG